AUGCCGCCCUGGACAGCACUGCCGUGGCUCUCGCUCCUGCUCCUCUUGUCCCCGGUGGCGGCGGCGGCUGGAGCCGGGCGAGCCCCCUGCGUGCUCCGCAGCCCCCUGGCCGGCGGGCAGCUGGGCAUCCAGGCCUCCGACGGGCAGGAGCUGCUCAGCGCCGCUUGGGACCCCCGGACGCCCGCCGGCCUGAGCGACUGCAGGGUGUCGGCGGAGCCGCGGGACGUGGCUGCUUUCCUGGGCCGCUGCGGAGCCGUCGGUGGGCAGGGGCCGGGGCCGGGGCCGGGGCCGCCAGCCUUCCCCGGCUUGGCGGAGGCCAAAGCCGCCUGCUCGGGGGGCCCUCCGCCCCGGCAGCGGAGCAAGCGAGGGUUCACCUACCCGGGCACCCUCUGGUGUGGAGCCGGAGACAUCGCCGAGAGCUACGACACCCUGGGAGAGCACCAGGAGACGGACCGCUGCUGCCGGGCUCACGACCACUGCCAGCACGUCAUCCACCCCUUCACCUACAAGUAUGGCUACCGCAACUUCCGCUUCCACACCAUCAGCCACUGCGACUGCGACAACCGGUUAAAAGCUUGCUUGAGGGCCGUAAACGACACGGCCUCCCGGGUGGUCGGCCAGGCUUUUUUCAACGUCAUCCAGGUACCGUGCUUCAAGUUUACCUACAAGGAGCAAUGCAUCGAGCCGUAUCUCUACGUCUGGUGCAAGAACUACAGCACCGUGGCUGUGGCCGUCGUCCAGGAGCCCGUGCUGUAUGACUACGGAGGAGAACUAAUAGAUGGGCUAGCGACACGCCUGCCACCUGCCGGGACAUUCCCCCCUGCUCCUCCUGCUCGGAAGCCAGGCCAAGCAAUGGCGACCACCACGGCCGCACCACCGGCCAGGCCCAGCCGUCGGCCGAAGAAGCACCGAAAAGGCAAAGCAAAGGGGAAGGAGAGGAAGGGGGAGAGGAAAGGCCUGACGAAAAAGCAGCAGCAGCAGAAAGCAGGGACCAAAGCGGAUGAUUUGGCCUUCGCUUUUGGAGAGGAACGCGGCAUCUCCCGCAAGCGGCUGGCUGCCGCACAGGAACUGGGGAAAGUGGACUUCCACGAUCCGGCCCAGCUACCGGACGCGGGAGAAGAGGAUCCGUUCAAUGCUAUACUCAGCGAUGAUCCUGAGGGGGGAGGAGGGGGUGGCGGCGACCUGAGAGGCGGUGAAGGCAGGGCUCAGGCAGAGCGCAAGGAACCAGCGCCCCUGAAAGCCACCUCUGGGCCUUCCUCUGUACAUCCUCAGAGGAGGAAAGGCAAGCGCAGAAGGCGUCUCCAGGAGAAAGAGGGGAGGCGGCAGCAUUCUGCGGCCAGCUGAGACUUGAGGGGCUGCGAUCCGCUGUUGGGGUGCCCAUCUGUGUAACAAACGAGCGAAGCCCGCCAAGCCCAAAGAUGUUCUGAGCCAUCCCCUUUCUACCACCAGUCCGAGCAAGGCCUGCGAUUAUAUAUAUUCUCAAGGAAUUGUCUAGGACAAUCUUCCAGCACCCGGGGCCCUCCCCGUGGGCCGGAGUGCGAUUCCCAUAGUCCGCCAUCCAUGGCUGGCUGGGGGAUGAUGGGAGCUGCACUCCGACUCACGGGGAGGGCCCUGGGUGCCAGGAGGCUGUCCUAGAAGGCUGAUGGGUUGAUGCCGCAGCACCAAUCCUGCCUGGACGGCUCACCCAAUGCCAAGCAGGGCGUGGCGUCAAGCACUCCGCACCUUCUCCCCGGGGAUGGGUAGGCCUCCGCUUUGAGUCAAUACAGUUUUGAUGCAUGAUGCAAACUUACUCAGGAGUAGGAAAGCUCCCGGUUCGAUCCCGGCGUCUUAAAUGAAAGGAUUUCAGACGGCAAGGUGUGGGAAAGGCUCCUCUCUUUCUAAGAGCCCUGGGAAAUCUCCACCCGCGUGAGGAGACAAUGAUUGGGUUAGAGGAACCAUUGUUUGGGUGCGGGAUAAGAUGGCGAACGAUGCUUCCAUUUCAAAUCAGAUAUCGCGUUAGAAUCAUGAGGACUGGAAACCUUAUCUUAUUUUUUAAAAGGACCACUGCUCAGUUGGCAAAGUCAACUGUCCUCCAUGCAGAAGGUCUAAGGGUCGACCCCAUAAUCCACUUAAAUCUGGGUUUUCGCUUGGCAUUUUUGAAAGAAGCAGAGGCAGCUUCUUUUUAGUAACAGCUGUGGUCCGGUCCCUACUGCUGCUUUCUUUAAUGCUCAACCUGUUCAAAGGCUCAGUAUGCGAUGCCAUGUUACCUGGUGUGGUGGGGAAGAUACUGGCUGCCUUUGCUCACCCACUGUCCCUUAGAGUGGCACCAUGCAAGGCUGACCUAGCUGCUCAGCACUCUGGCCCUGCUUUUCUCCAUACGGGGUGGCUGGGAUCCUAGACAGGAGGGCAAGGCCGCGCCUCAGAGAGGGGAUUCUGCCAGCAGCAGUAACCAUCCAAACGCCUGCACUGUGUCCCCGCACAACCCCAGCCAUUCCUGGUUCUUACGGCUCAGCGUUUCGGCUUCCUUCCCCCCAGCGAUAAUGUAAGCUUGAGACCUGCUGCUGGCUAUUUUGAGAUUUUAAAAAUAAAUAUCCUGAGAAAUUCA